UAAAGUUCACUCUAAACAAUUACCACCAACUUAAACACUCAAUAUGGACUCUAUCAAGCAAUCACUGGCAGCCAUGACAGAGUUGUUUAAUAACAGGAUGCAAGAGUUCCAGCACGAUCUAAAUAAAACCUCCUCUCCCGGAUCUACAACUUCUUUGGCAUCAGAUUUUAUUACAUUUAAAUCUUUUGUAAUAUCUGCUUUAAACACUCUUCAGUGCCAAGUAGAAUUUCUUGGGAGAGAGCUUGACCGUCAGGAGAUGCGGCAUAGACGGAAGAUGCUUCUUCUUCAUGGUGUCCCAGAGCAGAAGACUGAAGACACGUCGGCUCGCGUCACGGGUCUUGUAGCGGAUCAUCUCUUGCUUCCAAACUUUUCAAGCGCCAGCAUUAAGCACUCAUACCGCUUAGGCCAACGGUCAGAUAAGAAACCCAGGCCUAUUGUGGUAAAAUUCACUGACUUUAGCAUCCGCGAUAAAGUUUGGUUCGCAAAAACCAAAUUUAAAGGCACGGGUUUAACAGAGUCGGAGUUCUUGACGAAAAGCAGGCACGAUGUUUUGCUCGAAGCCAGAAGACGCUUUGGCAUAAAUAAGUGCUGGACGCGGGACGGUUUCAUAUACGUAAUAGCGUCGGAUGGUGCUCGUCAUCGAGUUGAAAGCCUGUCGGCAGACAGCAUACCCACUGCGUCUACUACGAAGUCGCCGGUUCAAACAAAGUCUUGUGACUCCAAAGGUGUUGACAAGGUAAUUGUUACACGUACUAAGAGACUGAUAAAAAAACUUUUAAAUUUUAUAAUGGAGGUUGAUCCUCCUCCAGAACCCCCUGAUCCAGGUGGUUCAAUAGAAUCAGUUCCCGAUAUUUGUCCUCCUCCCGCUAUACCUGUUUCUCGAAAACGCUAA